AUGUCUGUUGGAAGCGUCUGCCCGCUAAUAGACGACCUCUUAUUUAUUAAAGGGACUCCCACGGUGUUGGGCGAAGUACCACAAGCAGGAGAGAAAAGGAUCUAUGUGGUGGAAUUCUGGGCUUCAUGGUGUUGGCCUUGCAGGGAAUCAAUACCACAUUUGUCUGAAUUAGGUGAAAAAUACAAAAAUCGUGGAGUCACGGUUGUUGGAGUUACUAGAGAGAAGGAUUAUGACAAAGUAAAGCAAUUUGUUGCUGAAAUGGGCGAUAAAAUGAGUUAUAACGUCGCUAUCGACGUAAACUUGGCCGCUAGAGAAGCGUUGUACGUCCCGAGUAAUGCACCGGGAAUUCCAAAGGCAUUUGUAUUGGUAAAUAAUGUUGUCUUUUGGCAUGGCCAUCCAGUCGACGAUGAUAUUGAAGCUGAAAUAAUUAAAGCCAUCGAGACCAAUUGA